CCCUGCCUGCAGUGCCCCCUGUCGGAGAUGGCUGGCCGGUGCUCCCGGCACGGCUGUUGCCCCCUGAAUGAGGAGAACGGGCGCCUGGCGCUGCUGGCGGCGCUGCUCGCCGUCUACCUGGUGUGCGGGGCGGCGGUGUUCUCGGCCAUCGAGCAGCCGAAGGAGCGGGAGGCGCAGCGCCGCUGGCUGCAGACCAAAGGCAACUUCAGCCGCCGCUACAACAUCAGCGGCGCCGAGCUCAGCCGCUUCCUGCGGGACUAUGAAAAGGCUCAUGUGGCCGGGGUCCGUGUGGAUGAGACCCGGCCCCGCUGGGACUUCACCGGCUCCUUCUACUUCGUGGGCACCGUGGUCUCUACAAUCGUUUUAGGAACAGGGAAUUCUAUUAGAACCUCCUCUCUCCUUGCAACACUCGUCUCUGUCCUUCAGUAUGCCUUGGGUUUUGGGAUGACCACGCCGGCCACGGUCAGCGGGAAGGUUUUCCUGAUUUUCUACGGCCUAGUGGGCUGUGCUGCCACCAUCUUGUUCUUCAACCUGUUCCUGGAGCGGCUGAUCACCGUGCUGGCCUACAUCCUGAAGAGCUGCCACGAGAGACGGCUGAGGCGCAGUGGAAUGCUGCCCCAGGAAAACUGCCCCGAGCCGGGCACUGCCGCCGAGGUGGACAGCUUGGCAGGCUGGAAGCCCUCCGUCUACUACGUCAUGUUGAUCCUAGGCCUGGCUGCCAUUGCCAUCUCUUGCUGUGCCUCUGCGAUGUACACCCCAGUGGAAGGUUGGAGCUACCUGGACUCCAUCUACUUCUGCUUUGUAGCUUUCAGCACCAUUGGUUUUGGGGACCUGGUCAGCAGCCAGAACAUGAGGUACGAUUACCAAGGGUUCUACCGCUUUGGCAAUUUCCUGUUCAUCCUGAUGGGGGUGUGUUGUAUCUAUUCCCUGUUUAAUGUCAUCUCCAUCGUCAUCAAGCAGUUUCUCAACUGGAGCCUGAGGAGGCUGGAGUGCCAGUGCUGCGCCCGGUGCCAGAGGAGGUUCCUCAGGUCUGGGAGGAACGCCGUGGCUCCCGGGCUCACCAGGAGAAAGAUCUCCAUCGAAACGGACGCCUUCAACGAGAGCGAGGUGGCGGAUGGGCGGCGGCUGUCCGGGGAAAUGAUCUCCAUGAAGGACCUCCUGGCCUCCAACAAGGUCUCCCUGGCCAUCAUGCAGAAGCAGCUGCUGGAGACAGCAAACGGUCACCCCAGGGUGAGCGGGCACCCCCACCACCAGCCCCGGCACAACGGCUUCUCCGAGGGGGUGGGUGCCCUCGCCAUUAUGAACAACCGCCUGGCAGAAACCAGCAUGGACAGAUAGUGGGACAGCUGGGAGCAAUGCGCCCCCCCACCGCUGACUCCACCAUUCUCCACAUCAAUAUCACUCCAAAAGCCACAGACUUAAAGACUGU